CUUUUGAUUUUAAGAGGUUUGGAGCGGUUUGAAGCGAUUUGUAGCGGUUUGUAUGAUUGUUUCGAAACGCUGUCAACCGCUACCAAUCGCAAAAGCUGCGUUUGCGGGUGGUAGCGGGAAAACCAAUCAAGCUCUUAGUCUUUAUAUUUUUUCCAGGUAAGUUACAAAAGCAAACUAUUCUUCAAGUUUUAAAAGACAAAAUGAAUCACAGAUAUGUGGUUUAUCUCAAGAGUGCUAAAACUUUCAUUUAGUCUUUAUAUUUUUUCCAGGUAAGUUACAAAAGCAAACUAUUCUUCAACUUUUAAAAGACAAAAUGUUUUUACAGAUAUUACUGGUAUUAUUAUAUCGAUAAGUUCUGCUGAUAUUACUCGUAUUACUACGUUGUAUAGUAGUACUGAAGUGAACUAUCUUCAUCAGUUAAGAAGAAAUUGUUACAAAAUCACAUAAAUUUUCUGAGAGUUUUCAUAUUUCCCAUCGCUAAAUGAAAGUUUCAAUUUCCAUGGUAAAAGACCAUUUCUCGACUACGCUUUGUUAAGUGAUGACAUUGUUAUUGCCGAUUGUAGUGAGAGACAGUCUCUUGUGUUUCUUGUUCCUAUCAAUCUUUCAAAUUCUUCUAAUGCAUUAUACCAACCAAAGCCUGAACAUAAGUCUUUAUCCUUCUAAGACCCACCCAAGCUCAAUUUUGUUAAAAUACAUUAUAAUGUUAUCCUAAUUUGUAUAAAAUAAUUUUGAUAUUCUAAUUUCUAGUUACUUUUUUGCUAUUUUUUUCAAUUAUGGAUAUUUGCAAAUUAUUUCAUUUGGAUAUGUAUCAAAUCUGCAAAUGUAUCAAAUCUCUUCAUAUCAUAUAUUUCCAUACACUUCCUUUUCUUUUCUUUUGGUCAAACAAUUUUCUUUUCUGGUCAUAACUAAUUACAGAAAACCAACGAAACAUAGACUUUAUUUUUAUAUUAUUUUGCAUUGCAGUUAUGGCGCUACAUAAAUAACUUCACCAUCCUACUCAAAAUCUCAAAAUACAUUUUAGAAUAACAAAAACAAAGAUUAACAUUGUAAGUGGAGAGAAGGUCACAAGCCACCAUGAAGUUUACAACACUAGCAUCCAUCGCGUUUGUUGUUGUCCUCUUGUCAUCAACGGCUCCGAUCAAAUCCGAAUUUCAAUCUUUAUCUACUAAACCACCUUGCACCACUAUUGAUAUCACAGAAUGCGUUCCAGCCAUAAUCUUUGGAGCACAACUAUCGCCAGAUUGUUGUCAGAAUCUGAAAGUACAACAACCAUGUUAUUGUGGUUUCAUAAAUAAUGCAGGUUUAAGACCAUACAUUACUUCUCCUCAAGGUCACGCAGCUCUAGCGUCUUGUGGUAUUCCUUUUCCUGUUUGUUGAAGUCCUAGAUAACUAAUAUAAAGUAUUAUAUAAUGAAGGACAAUUAUGUAUGUAAGAGUGAUGAUGAUUGGAAAUUCAUUAUAGCACAAUUCCGUGAAA